AUGUCAACCAAAGGCAACGGCGCUGAAGGUUCGGCCGACGAUGAAAGGGAAAAACAAAACUCGCUGCAUCAAAAAUAUCUCGAAAUCAAGCGUGAACACAGCCUUCGAACAAGUGAAGGGCUUCGUCGGAUUGCUGAAGGGCAUGGUCAGGUUGCGUCUGCCGUUGUUGAAUACUAUGAUCAGAUGAUUGAGCUCCAAAAAAGAGGCUUUCUGCCACCCCCAGGUGCUCUCCAACUUCCAGCUCAAUGGGGCAUUCCACCCUUUCUAUCAGCUCAUAUGGUGUUGCCUCCAAUGAUGGUGGCACCGACCAAUCACCCGCCAGCAAUAAAUAAUCGCCCAUCUUCGGCCAGAGCCAGUUCGAGGGUUCCUACUGGUACCAAUAAUCCAGAGUCAAAGGAAACUUCUGACGGUACCACUCCCAAAGUUCCCCCCAAACCUCCAUCCAUGUCAUCAUCAUCGUCGUCGUCUGAUAGCGAGACUGACGAGGCGGACGACGGCACUCCAACCGAUCGUCAUAUUUGGCCCGAUGGAACGUGUCAGUAUGUUGCCUCGGCAAAACAAAUAAAGCCUACAGGAGCUGUCAAUAUUGGUUGGGCAUUUUACAUGCUCCAAACCAACAAGAACAAAAACGGUGUCAUUGCUCGAAAAAGCUACUGUCUUGGCACAAUGGAGUGUCCUACCAAGGGCUGUCCCUUUUCCUUGCGGCCAAUGAAUCCACCAUUCAAUAAGCUCGGGAUGCCACCUCGACCUCACCGCAAGGCAUGCCCAAGGCAUCCUGACCGUCCCCUGAAAUGGGUACCUUGCACUGGCGGGGAACUAGCAACAGCAAGGCAAAGAAACAUUGAAGGUGGCAAUCCGUGCAUUAUUAUUCAAACUCACAAGCCAGGAAAUGGUUCGGCCAAAGUGGAGCAUUAUGGCACUCACAAUCACCGAAGGCCACCCGCGAACAAGGCCAGUCCACUGUCCUUGAAGCGAAUGGAGAAAAUGGUUCUGGAGAACCCAAUAAAAAAGAAAGGGCGUUCCACAGGAAACGACUGA